AUGACUUCCUCUGGUCAUCUAUACUUCCUCCUUUCCGCCCCUCUGCGGAUUCAUUUUAUGAUUGGCCGCGGCAUGUGGACUUCUCGACCCACGCUCAGCGGCUUAUGGAGUAUAUCCCCUUACAGAGUAACCACCAGUAAAGACGAAAUAUACUUUCUCGGUCCCUACAUCGAGCCCAGCAGGACAUGUACAAAGAGCCUAUUCAAUGCAGAUCAUGGAGAUCUUCAAGGUCUCUACUACGACAAGUCGCCAGGCAUCACCAGAUUCACGAGCUUGGGUAGUAUCUACCAGCCGCACAGGCACACCGUUCCACGCCAAGCUAUUUCCGCCAUCCCGCUGCGUCAACACAUGGAAGUGAUAGAUAUCCUUAAUCCCCCAAGAUUCUUCUCACAAGCACCGUUCAGGCAUGUUCGAUCCCUUGUGGCUUGUUAUCUUGAAUCUCGAUGUACGGGACUUCUACUCUGCUACCACGACGGCACCGAGCGCAUUCUGGGCCAGUGGUACGAAGAUACGGAUGCGCGACCCAAGUAUGAGACAUCGGCCUUUCGGGAUGGUAGUAUCCUGCGAUUCUACUUUGCCAACGAAAAUGGAUAUGAUCUACUUAUCCGGGUUCGGGUUGUGCAGGAUGCUGCUCUACAGGCCGAUGAAAGAUUUUGUGACAUGAUGGAAGGCGAUGAGAUUUACUGGCUGUUUACAAACUAUGCUGAUGUUAUAUUCGGUGGUUGAGGAGAACGGGUG